CCGGAGCCGGAGCCGGAGCCGGAGCCGGAGCCGGAGCCGGAGCCGGAGUCGGGCGGAGAACAGAGGAGGAGGCCCCCUCCGUGGGCGCUGGAGGAACCCCUUCGGAGUUCCCAUCCUCUCCACUCGUGGCUAGAACCCCCUUCCCUGCCAUGUCUGGCCCCACCUGGCUCCCCCCGAAGCAGCCGGAGCCCACCAGGCUCCCCCCGGGAAGAGCUCUCCUGCGGGGCACUCCCGGACCCUCAGUUCACGGAGCAGCAGAGCAAAGUUAUCAGGGCCCAGGCCGACAAGAAGAACUGGCACCAGUCUUGGGGAGAUGUACUGGAGCUUCCCAAAGCAUACAGGGGCUUCGGCAAGACAGGGGAGCCAUACACCUGGGAAGUCUGGAUGCAGAAAUAGAUUCACUGACCAGCAUGUUGGCUGACCUGGAUAGUAGUAGGGGCCAUGCUCCAUGUCGUCCAGACAGACAGGCAUGUGAGCCCCUUCGACCCCCUCCCUACCGCAUGGGUCUCCUGAAACCAGGUGGAGGAGUGACCACUCCACCAAGGGUCCCAGCCCCAUCUUAUGGGGGCCCUGCCCCUGCCUCCUAUACCACAGCCAGCACUCCAGUUGGCCCUGCCUUCCCGGUCCAGGUGAAGGUGGCUCAGCCUGUGAGGGGGUAUGGUCAGUCCUGGCGGGGUGUCCCUCAAGCCUCUAGCCCACCCCCAGCUCCUUACCCUCCUUCUACCAGUUGGGCUGAGUCUUGGGCGAGUUCCUAUGAGGGGCACAGAGAGCUCAGGGCCAAAGAGGAGAGUGUUGGAGCCUCUGGCCCAAGAGGAGGAAGAAGAACAGGAGGAGGAUAUGUACCCAAGGCUGCCCCGAGCAGGGCCCCCCCUGAGGAAGAGCUGGACAGACUAACCAAGAAGUUGGUGCAUGACAUGAACCAUCCACCCAGUGGGGAAUACUUUGGCCGAUGUGGGGGCUGUGGGGAGGACGUGGUAGGGGAUGGUGCUGGAGUUAUUGCCCUCGACCGUGUCUUCCACGUGGGCUGCUUUGUGUGCUCCACAUGCCAAGCUCAGCUCCGGGGCCAGCACUUCUAUGCAGUGGAGAAGAAGGCAUAUUGUGAAGGCUGCUAUGUGGCAACCCUGGAGAAGUGUUCCAUGUGCUCCCAGCCUAUCUUGGACCGGAUUCUGCGGGCCAUGGGGAAGGCCUAUCACCCUGGCUGCUUUACUUGUGUUGUGUGUCACCAAGGCCUUGAUGGCAUUCCUUUCACAGUGGAUGCCACCAGCCAGAUCCACUGUAUUGAAGACUUCCACAGGAAGUUUGCCCCUCGAUGCUCUGUGUGCGGUGGUGCCAUCAUGCCUGAACCUGGGCAGGAGGAGACUGUGAGGAUUGUUGCCCUUGAUCGAAGCUUCCACAUCGGUUGCUACAAAUGCGAGGAAUGUGGACUGUUGCUGUCGUCAGAGGGAGAAUGUCAGGGCUGCUACCCCUUGGAUGGUCAUAUCCUGUGCAAGACCUGUAGUGCCUGGCGAAUCCAGGAGCUCUCGGCCACUGUCACCACCGACUGCUGAGAUUCUCCACAAUCGUGACCUGCCAGCAUGUCCUCUUAACAUCCCCCUACCCAUCUUGCUCCCAUUUACAAUUAGAUGCUAAGUCCCAUGCCCCUCACCCCCAGUCUUCACAUAACUGCCAAGCCUCAGGACUACUUGCUCUGCCUGUGAGGGGAGCAGGAAUUGCUGAACUAAGGAGCUGGAUUGCUGGAUUACAGGGAGUGGAAUGGAGAAAGGUGUGGAGGAGGUUGGCCUGAAGCUAGUGGUGCAGCGUUUUGGGCUAUAGAGAGAAGCAGCCAAAGGGCUAAAUGCUUGGUUUCCAGGGUUAUUGGACACCUGGGUUCUGGGAGGAGGUAAAACUGGGAAACUGAUCCUGAGAGUGGCCUGUUUUGGGAAGAGUGCUACCCUAGAGGGAAAUGUUUCCUGGACUCCAAGCUCAUCUGAUCCUUUCAGCCACAGAAAAGGCCAGCCUUCUUGGCUAUUCGUUAUGCAACAGAGGGCCUUCUCUAAAGUAAAUUUUCCAUGGCUACAAAGGCCACCAGGUCUGGCAGCACGAAGAAAUAGGGAAAACCACAAUGACUUCUCUAAAUCACAGUCUCCCAGAAUUAGAAUGGAUCUCAAAAACCAUCUAGUCCAACCUUUACCUCAGUCAUCUGGUCAACAAGCAUUUAUUAAGUACCUACUAUAUGCUAGACAUUGUGGUAAGCAUUAAGGGAAACAACAUUAAAAAUGACACAUACAAACUAUAUAGAGGUUAAGUUGGAGAUAACCAACAGAGGAGAGGCACUAGCAUUAAUUGGGGAUUAGGAAAGGCUUCUUGUCAGAGGUGGGACAACUGGGACUUCAAAAAAUCCAGGGAAGCCAGGAAGUGAAGAUGAAGAGGGCAAGACUUGCAGGCAUGGGGAAUGGCCUGUGAACAUGCACUGCGAAGGGAAAUGGACUGUUUUGUGCAAUGAAGAACAAGGAGGCCAUUGUCACUGGAUCACAGAAAACCUGGGGUAAGGUAGAAGGAGAUUAAAAGGUAGGAGAAGGCUAGGUUGUGAAAGGCUUUGCCAGAUGAUUUCAUAUUUGAUUUUGGGGGUGAUAGGGAGACACUGGAGUUUAUUGAGCAGAGGAGUGACAUGGUUGGACCUGUGCUUCAAGUUGGUCACUUUGACAGGAGGGUGGUUUGGAAUAGGGAGAGACUUAAGGCAGAGACCAACCAGAAGGCUAUUAUAAUAGUCCUGAACAAAAAAUUUCUCCUUAGCAGAGUAGUGCCUGGCACAUAAUAAGCACUUAAUAAAUGUUUCCUGUUUGACUGAUGACUGACAAGAGACCACCCAGCCUUUGCUUGAAGACCUCCAGCGAAGGAGGAAACCACUAUCUCUCAUACCAGCCCUUUUGGAGAGGAAGCUUUUCCUUAUAUCAGGCACAAUUUGCCUCUUUUGGGACUGCCAUUCUUUGCUCUUAGUUCUGCUCUCCAAGACCAAGCAGAAUAGUUUGGAAAGAAUGCUAAAUUAGGAGUCAGAGGACCAGGGUUUGAAUUCUAGUUUUACCAUUUACUUUGUGACCUUGAGCAAAUAAAUCACUUGAACAAGAUGGCCUUCAAGAUCCCUUGCCAUUGUAAAUUUAUUAUCCUAAGGCUAAAGACGGCAAUCAUAUCGCCCUGUCUUCUCUUCUUUGGCUAAAUAGCCCCAAUUCAAGUCCUUAUAUGAGGCCCCAAGUUCCCCCUCCCCCACCCUGCCAUACUCUCUUUGAAGCCUAACUUCUCCAUCUCCAAGUUAACCCUAAUAGAGUGGUACAUUCCCUUUAUUGGGCUCCUUAAGCCCCUACUUCUAGCUUACAUUUACUUCCUGAGGGAGGAAGAGAUUCCCCAUAUUUAAAAUGGGGGUUUAAUCAUGGGAGAAAUCAAGGGUUUCCUGCUGGUUGGGGCCAAUGUUUCCCUCUUUUCCUCACAGCCAUUGCCCUUCUCCCCUAGGAUAUAUGGAUCCUCUACAUCAAGAUGCUGGCAAGGAUAAGUUUGUAACUGCCUAAUUCAUAAUUUUAUGAGUAAGGCGGAAAUUUGGAUAACCCUUAAAAGAGAGUUGAGAGAUGUGGCCUUGUGGGUACAGGUAGAUACAGGGGGAUUUUGUGGAACCAAUAAAGAAAUUUUGUGGUUGAGAUGA